CUCGAACCAAGCGGUGGCUACCUCACAAACACGUCCGUCGUCACGUCCACAACACCGUUCUUUCUACCACCACCUCUUUAUCUCCAUCUCGCGGGAGAGAUGCGCGACUCCCGCUCCCACGCCGCGAUGGCCUCACGUUACCAUCCAGAAAGACAAACAUUUCUCUCGGCCCCCACGCCUCCAGCAACACCCCCUUCUUCUUCCAAGAUGACUUGUCCAUUCCCGUCCAUCACCUCCACGAAGGGAGAAGUCAAGUCUUAUAUUCGCGCUCUGCUGGCUACGUACCCACCCAACAAUCAAAACCAACGUCAAGGCCACUCAUUCGACAGCUCCGCCGGAAAGGGAAAGGGAAAGGAGAGAGAGAAGCCAGCAGGAGGAUUGAGUACGCUGCCGAGUUUCAGAUCGAUUAGAUCGUUGGCUUUGAUGACUCCCAUCGACGCAGCGACCUGUAAAAUCUGGUUCGAUGGCGCGUAUCUGAGGUUGUUGCUUCAUGUGGGAAGCUUGAGGCGGGAGCUGCGGUUGCUGGGCUUUGAGGACGGGGUUGCGAGCUGGUUGGAUAGGGAGAUGCAGAAUAGAUUCAAGGGCAUGGAACUGAAGGGGCAGGUAAGAUUUAUUCUCUUUGCUAGCUUUGAGAUUGAAGAGGAAGGGAGCGAAGGGUGCUGAUGAUGAACAGGGAAAGUAUUGGGAAAGAAAGAUGGAUCAGCAGCGUGAGGAUGAGAAAGUUGGAUGUUUGCGCUGGCUUUACAUGAUUUUUUAAGAAGAGGAGGAUGGAGGGGAAGCAAGCAAGUAAGAAGAAGAUGUGUUUGAAUAGUAAUUGUAGGAUUGAGAAGGCAGAUACGAAGAACCUAAUUGAUGAAGGGAGGGAGAUAUGAAGGGUUCGAUGAAGUUACUCUCGCAUGGCGUUAAUCAGAGAGAGAAAAGAGGGCGAACUGCAUUACGGACUUCUUGUUCCCCAGAAGAAAUAGAGCAAUAGUUACGAAAUGAGGAUUCUGUCUGAUGUUUAGUUUGAAGCUCCGACAUGGCCCUGGUCGAAUCGCGUUCAAGGCUCCGGCGUGGGAUUCGAUAGCUCAAGAGCUUCAAAAGCAUUUGA